UUAGAGGUUGAAGCUGAAUUAAAACCGCCCGGUUGUCCGUGGAAGUAGAUUUGAGAUGAAAACACAGACGAUAAUAUAUCGUUAGUUCGUAUUCUGAGUUACACUCUGUUGUAAUGUGUCUGAGUUAUUAAUAAUGGCCAUAGCUGAUCUCAACUUGUAUGCGCAGAAAGAGCGUUUAGAGCUGAAAUACGAGGACGUUGGCUGUGUCGGCCCCGAUCACAUUCGGACAUUUACAGUGAGAGCCGUCCUGGGUGGUAAGCCUUAUCCUGAAGGUGUGGGGAAGAACAAGAAGGAAGCCAAACUGAAAGCAGCUGAAAAUGCCCUCAGUGUCCUGACUGAGGAAAUAACUAACCAUGCAGAACCGACAACAGGAGCUUCUGCUGCACCGGCUGAUCAGACAAGUAUAACUCAACCCAAGUACAUGUCUUGGCUGAAUGAAUACAGCCAACAGAAAAGAUGUGAAAUCAGGCCUGUGGAGUCAAUGAAACUGGAACAAACCGGUGCUACUCAAUGCUGUAUGUUCGUGGUUGGUGGUAAGGAGUAUCCAGUGGCCACUGGGAGAACAAAGAAGGACGCUAAGGAGGAAGCAGCCAAGCUUGUACAUCACGAGAUAUGUGGCAGUAAUACUACAGAGCUCCUGCCAGGAGAUCUUCCUCUUCUCCACUCCCCCCCAAGUCAUCCACUGCCCUUGCCUAAAGAGAGUUUCAACUCCACAUCAGCUCAACGUGAGGAGGAAUCGAAUCAAAAUGUUUCGGAUAUCUGUGAGGCGACAAGACGCCUGAACUUUCAGGACAACAACUGUGCAGAGACAAAUUUUAUUGGACUUGUCAACCACGACUGUCAGAAAACAAACCGCACCCCUAGAUACGUUGAGGAUCGGAGAAUUGGCCCACCUGAUAAGCAUCUAUUUUUCUACAAAUUAAGGAUAGACAAAAAGGACUACCCUGUGGGUGAGGGUAAGACUAUCAAGAAAGCCAAACAAAAUGCAGCUCAGCUGGCUUGGUCUGCUCUCCAAGAACAGACCGACUGGGACAGCAAGGUGUCUGUCAGAUCAACCGAGGACGGCGGACCACCCAUUGUUCCCGCCAUGGAGUCCAAUGAACCAGCAUCAUCAUCAUCAGCAGUUGGAACAGGAGGCUCAAUCAUAUCCACAGAUUCAACCAACUCUUCCCAGGAUCAGGUCAAAGACCAGAGUACUGGAAAUAGUCAGAAUGAAACAUCCAUCCAGUCAAGCGUUAAUCUCUGCAGGUUUACUUCAGACUUUGACACCAUCGUGUAUCUUGGCAGAGGAGCCUAUGGUUGUGUUUACAAAGCAAGACAUAAAUUGGAGGAGAAGUAUUUUGCUGUAAAGGUUGUCCGCUAUGAAGAGACAUCUCUUCGAGAGGUGGGGACAUUAUCAGACCUCCUCCACCAUAAUAUCGUCAGAUACUACAAUUCUUGGAUGGAGGAUUCAGAGUACCAGGGGGAUUCUGAAUCAACUGACAGUUCAGCUGGUUACAGCUCUUUGCCGCCUCCAAGUAAUUCAUCGGCUAAUUAUCUCUAUAUUCAGCUGGAGUUAUGUGACACAAAGACACUUAAAGAGUGGAUUGAAGAGAAGAACACAGAGUCUCUGCAAGUCUCCAAGAGAAGAGAAGAAGGCCGAAGCAUUGCUCAGCAGAUACUCAGUGGAGUCGAAUAUAUUCACUCCCAGAAGCACAUCCACAGGGACCUUAAGCCUGAAAACAUCCUGUUUGGACUGGACGGCGAGGUGAAGAUUGGAGACUUUGGUCUGGUCACCAGAGAUGAUGAUGAUGACGACGAUGCUUUGAUGGAGAGAACAGGGCAAAGAGGAACCACAACUUACAUGGCUCCUGAACAAAAGAGGGAGAAGAAAUAUGACCGAAAAGUAGACAUAUUUGCUCUGGGGUUGAUUUACUUUGAACUUCUUUGGAAACUCUCUACUGGCCACGAAAGAGGAACGAUUUGGGAUGAUGCCAGAAGUCAGAAGCUCCCUGAAGAGUUUCCACUGAACUUUCCCCAAGAGAACCAAAUCAUAGAGUCAAUGCUGCAUGAGAAGCCUGAAGACCGACCCGAAGCAAGCAAUCUGAAGGCAGAAAUGGAGCUGUGUGCUCAGACAUUAAACGCACAAAAUACACAUCAGGAAGAUGAAACUGUCUGAUAAUCACAAGGAAUUGUAAUACGUCUUCAGCAGCAUAUCGAGAUGUACCUGUUCUAAUGUCUAAUGUUACCAAUAUGAUUUUGGAGGCACUUGUAUACCUGAGAUCAGUACAAAGCGCUUCACACGGCAUCACGUUCACUCACUCACACGAGCACAGGAAUGGUCGACAGUUUGAGGCUCAAGGACACUGAACACGAUUCACCAUUCAACUACAAAACAACUAAAAAGUAGACCUAGUAGUAUGGCUUUCAAUAAUCAGGGAAUACAUCAUGAAAUCAAGUUGAUUGUGAUUUUAGAAAAUAAUUCUAAAUAAUCAUGUGUCUGUAAUUUCUGUGUCCAUCGUUAAAAUUUUAUUCUAUGCUAAUAAUGGUUAAUGUGUUUAAAGCAACGCCACGUCCAUGGCAUUACAGCCUUUGUUCUGGAGUGUAUGUUCACGGUGAUUCUGAAUAGAAUGGUCUGGUAUUCAAUGAAUGUACAUAUAUAUAUAUAUAUAUACAUAUACUAUGGUAUAGUAUAUACAUAUGAUGUGCAUACUAUACUGUACAUAUAGACAUUACAGUCAUCAGACAAAAGACUUUGGAGAGGCAUCUUACUUCCCAAGGUGGGGCCCUCUUGUUUGGCUUUGGUUUGGUUUGUUGGGGUUUUGUAUUGUACUUAUUCCAAAAACAAAAUUGAGAAAUCAUGGAAAUAGUCACAAUAUUUCCAUUAUAUUUCCACAACAUUGUUGAACAGAAUUCAGGGAGAUAAUGAUGAAUUAGUUAUGUAAAUUGUGUGAGUGGCUGCUGUACCUGUUUACAAAAUGUGUUUGAUGUAUUCUUUUUGCCAAGCCAAUGUAUGUCUGCAAUACAUUUUUCAUUUAGCCAAUAAAACCACAACAUUAAUUACACAUAUUUACAAAUAAAAUAUUUUAAUUAUGACCAUACAACAUUGUGCUUGACAGAUUAAUAUGACAUUAUUUCCGCCAAUGACACUAUGAAAAUGGCACAGUUAAGGAUUGUACUUCAUGUGGGCCAGAAACAACAUUGGAAAAAUAGUCCUCUGGCUAAGUCUGGAUAAUUUACAGUGAUGUUUAACAAUGCACAUUAUCCCUAUUUGUCAUAUUUUUUAUUAAUGCACUUCCUAGCAUUCAUUAUAUAAAUAUGAGAAAAUUA